CCGGGCCUUCGGGCCGACCCAUUCAAAAUUCCAUUGACACCCCUAGUUGGCUGGGCAAGUCAUCAAUGAGGCCUGGUCUGUAGAUAAAAGGACAAUCGAUCCACUCUCUAUUUGUCAUUCCUACAUUCACGAACUCGAUCAUGGAGCUACCGCCAAUGAGCGUAAGAGCGUUUUGGUCUUUCCUUUUCCACACGAUCCUUCUCUCUUCCGUGGAAGUACCAUGGUUGUUGGGAUCUGCUGCUAACUUCUCCAACGAAACCGAUCGGCUUGCGUUGCUCGACUUCAAACAUCUGAUAACCGACGACCCUCACCGUUCCAUGAGAUCUUGGAACCAUACUCUCCACUUCUGUCAGUGGCAAGGAGUCACAUGCGGUCGCCAGCAUCCUCAAAGGGUCACUGCCUUGAACCUAACUGGCCAGAACUUGGUGGGCACCAUAUCUCCUUUCAUAGCAAACCUCACCUUCCUCAGGGGAAUCCUUCUUAGCAACAACAACUUUCAUGGCGCGAUUCCUCAGGAGAUAGGUCAGUUGUUCCGCUUGCGGUAUAUUAAUCUGGUCAAUAACUCAUUCACUGGGGAAAUUCCAGCAAAUCUGACCCACUGUACACAACUCCAAGUCCUUCAUCUUUCCGAAAAUCGACUCACAGGGAAGAUUCCAACUGAGCUUGGCUCUCUAUUGAAGCUCAUGGACUUAAGACUUCGUAAGAAUAAUAUUAUAGGAAGCAUCCCACCUUCACUUGGAAACCUUUCGUCUCUCUUUGUUUUUUAUCUCUCAGAAAAUAGUCUGGAGGGCAGUAUACCAGAUGAACUUCAUCGAUUGGUUAACUUAAACAUUCUUUUCAUAAGUCAAAAUGAACUGUCAGGUACGAUUCCACCAAGCCUAUACAAUCUCUCAUCUCUUUAUGGUUUGGACGUGGGAGUGAACAGAUUGCAUGGAAACCUCCCACCUAACUUAGGCCUCACUCUUCCUAAUCUCCAAAACCUUUAUGCCGGAGUAAACCAUUUCACAGGACCCAUACCAGUGUCAUUACCCAAUGCUUCUGGACUCGUAGUUAUCGACCUUGGUGGCAAUAGUUUUAGCGGAUCUGUGCCUCUUAAUUUUGGAAGCCUCAAGGGUCUCUCCUUCUUAACUUUGUGGGGAAGUGAGCUUGGAAUUGGGAAAGCACGUGACUUGGGUUUUCUCGAUUCUUUGACCAAUUGCAGUAGCUUAGGACUGCUGGAUAUAAGCAAAAAUCAUCUCAGUGGUGAGUUGCCAGACUCCAUUGCUAAUCUUUCAACUCAACUGACGAUACUAUCUUUUGGAAGAAACAGGAUAUUUGGAAGCAUCCCAUCUGGAAUUCAGAAUCUUGUCAACUUAACAGUGUUGGCUAUGGAAGAUAACUUGUUAACAGGUACGAUUCCUGUUGGUGUUGUGAAGCUUAAAAAGGUGGGAGUACUUUUCUUUAGUAGAAAUGAAUUAUCAGGGCAAAUUCCGUCUUCCUUAGAUAACAUCACCAGAUUAUACUUACUCAGUUUAUCUGGAAACAAUCUAUCGGGGAGCAUACCUUCAACUCUUGGUAAUUGCAAAAACUUGCAAUUCAUGUACCUCGGCAAUAAUAACUUUAACGGUAGCUUACCCAAACAAGUUUUCAGCAUUAUAUCUCUGAUUGAAGUCGAAGCUCAAAACAAUUUUUUAACUGAUAUGCCAUAUGAAGCCGGUGACUUGAAAGCUCUUGGAAGAUUGGAUGUUUCUAAUAAUAAAUUUUCGGGAAAAAUUCCAAGCUGGCUAGGCAAUUGUCUCAGCCUAGAGUAUCUCCGGUUGGAUGAGAACUUCUUUCAAGGAUCAAUUCCUCCAGCUUUUAGUACUCUAAAAGGCCUUCAAUCCCUGGAUCUUUCACGCAACAACUUGUCUGGAAAGAUUCCACAGUACCUGGAGAACCUUUCAGCUUUGAAUUAUCUAAAUCUAUCUUUCAAUAAUUUUGAGGGUGAAUUACCAAAACAAGGGGUCUUCAGAAAUGCCAGUGAAGUUUCAGUGCUCGGAAAUAGUAAGCUUUGUGGGGGCGUUCCAGAAUUACAAUUGCCUCCAUGCCCUAGCCAAGCUUUCAAGAAACGUGGGAUGUCACUUGCUUCAAAAGUGAAAAUCUCAAUAAUUGUCGCUGUCCUGUGUCUUAUUUCAUUAUCAUGUUUCCUUACCAGUCUUUAUUGGGUAAGAAAGUCGAGAAGAAAAUCUUCUGCUGUGCCUUCUGUGGAGGAUCCUUUCAUGAACGUGUCUUAUGCAGAGCUCUUUAAAGCAACAGAUGGGUUCUCUUCUUCAAAUCUGAUUGGCAUGGGAAGUUUUGGUUCUGUGUAUAAAGGAAUGCUAGAUUGUGAUGGAACUCUUAUCGCCGUCAAAGUCCUCAACCUUCUGCAACAAGGAGCUCUGGGGAGCUUCAUGGCUGAAUGCGAAGCCUUGAGAAACAUUAAGCAUCGGAAUCUUAUUAAAGUCUUGACUUGUUGCUCAAGCACUGAUUUUAAGGGAAACGACUUCAAGGCUUUGGUUUUUGAGUACAUGGUCAAUGGAAGUCUAGAGAAGUGGUUGCACAAAGAUGAGCACGACCAAUUGAGAAGGAAUUUAAAUUUUAUUGAAAGGCUAAAUAUAGCUAUUGAUGUAGCUUUUGUAUUGGAUUAUCUACAUCACCAUUGCCAAACACCAAUCGUUCAUCAUGAUUUAAAACCGAGUAACAUUCUUCUCGAUAAUGACAUGAUUGCUCAUGUGAGUGACUUCGGGUUAGCGAGGUUCAUAUCUGAAGAUGCUCAAUCCAGCUCGGUUGGCAUAAAGGGAUCUAUUGGCUACAUCGCUCCAGAGUAUGCGAUGGGCGGUAAAGCAUCUACACAAGGAGAUGUUUACAGCUAUGGAAUCCUUAUAUUGGAGAUGAUCACUGGGAAGGGACCAACUGAUGAUAUGUUUACGGACAAUCUAAGCCUUCAUCAUUUUGCUAAGUUGGCUUUGCCUGAACAGCUACUGGAGAUUGUAGAUCCAUUUCUCUUAGAAGAAACCAAAGUUACUCAAGACAGCAGAAAUGAUAUCAAUACAAAAGAUAAAAUGCAGGACUGCUUGAUUUCAAUGGCCAAAAUCGGUGUGUUGUGUUCUGCAGAAUCUCCAAGAGAACGAAUGGGGAUGAAAGAUGUUGUCAAUAAAAUGCACGCAAUCAAGGACUCAUAUCUCGGGGGCCAAGAUUCACCGAGACAUACAAGUUAGGUCGGGGUUGUCAGGUGAAGGUCCUUCUUAUCUCAGUCAUUACUGAGAUGUUAUUGGUAGUUAUAUUAAGAAAAACUUCAAAAUAAAAAGUGUUCGUUUGAUACUUUUUUUAACAAGCUCGAGAUCUUUCUUUUUCUUUUUUUUAGACUCUUGGCCUAGGAGUGCGCUUGUAUUGAUGGUGAAUAUAUGACUAUGCUUUUCUUUUUCUUUGUUUUAUUUCUUGUUCAGCUAACAUGAAUGUACCAAGUCAAAGACAUCAUCUUAUUACAAUAAAAAUACUAUUGGGUCAUUGAGAUGUUUAAUAGCUAAAGCAUUUUAUUCAACCCUUCGCAAAAUGCCAUCACAUUCCAAUGGAAGUGCUUCAGCAAUUGGAGUAGCAACUGGAGAGUAACCUGAAGAAGUAUUCAUGAGUCCCAUUAAAAAAUUAUGUUGUUUUGCCUGAUGAAUUGAAACAUUGCUCUACUUCAAAUAUCCAUAUAUAGAUAGACCACCAACAAGAUGGUUUGAAUCUGUUUUUGGAGUGUAGCAGUGUUGCCUAGCUUCUUUGGUGUG